AUGGCUGCUAAAAGGAAGGGCCAUCACGUACCGCUUGUCUUUGGCCUCACCUCUUUUAUUCCAACAAAAGCAAAAGGAGAUUUGAAAAAAGCUGUUAAGCAUAUUGCCCAGCUCUGUGCCAAUUUGCAUACAAACACGAUUGUCCAAGUGACAAAAAAUGUUAUAGAACUGAUGGCAUUUACCAAAGCUCCAGACGAGGCAAUCUACAAUAUAUCUUCUGUUUCUGCUGACCACUUUCAUGUCAAAAUUUCCCAGAUAAUAGAGUCUUCAGAAAGAGAAGUUCUGAAAGAAAGUCCACCAUCGGGAACUGUUGACUAUGGAACGUUGGAAUAUCAAAACUGGUUAAACAAGAGAAGACUUGGAAAUGAUUUGUGCAUUUGUUGCCUUGUGCAGUUGAAUCGAGCGCUAAUCAUAAACAAAGAUGUCACAAUCUGUGAAGCUGCUCGUUUCCUUCAAGCAUAUUUGGCAGGCACGAACAGGUCCGAGCUAGAUAGUUCUCAAAGGAACCUACUUGACAGCAUACAACAGGAAGUCGAGUCUGUUGAAGAGUACUGUCGUAGUCCGAGACUGGAAAGAUUGAGAGAAGUUCUAGUCCAGAUUUACCGUGAUACACCAAAUGUACGAACAGUUCUCUUUACCAAGACUGCAUUUUCUAAACUCGCUCUUGUCGACUGGAUCUCUUUUGACGCUGACCUUCAAUUUCUCAAACCAGUCUCUCUGAACGGCUCUGAAACAAGUGAAGAAAAAGAGCUCAUUGUGAAGAAACUGAGAACUGAAUCUAAAGUUGUUGUUUGCAGCACCACAUCCGUGCAAGGUCUGUCUUUGACAGAAUGUCAUGUAGCUGUUCGAUACGGCGUGAUCAAAGAUGAAAUCAGCGUAGCUUACCAGGGUCAAGAUGAUAUUGAACAGCACGGUAGUGUACGAGUUUUGGAGGCAGGAACGGUUUACCCAGACGUCCCAGAAGAGGCUCUUGCACGGUUUUGCAGCUUGUCGCUAGCACAGCGAAGACGAAAAAUUCAAGCCGUCAAUAGGCUUGAACUUGAGAAACAGAAGAAAAUUGAGAAGCCUUCCGUCCCUAUCAACAACACCAGCCUGUGUCUCUACUGCAAGAGUUGUGGCCAGUAUCUGUGCAGAGGAGACUCAGUAAGGAAACUGAAGGGCGUGCACAAGGUCGCUAUAGGCCGAGAGUUUAAAGAGCACGCGAUUUGGCCCAAGGUAACGCCUGACAAGAGAAAGUCAGAAAGUAGAGAAACGUAUGCUGUUGAUGAUGUUUUCUUUGCUGGUAAAGUUUCAUGCCGCAGUUGUAUUAGUCAAUUGGGAUCAGUAAUGUUGACAGAUGGAGACCGCUUCCCGGGAAUAAAAAGUGAUAGCUUGCUAUAUUCGUAUGGAGAAUGUGAAGCUCUUUCUGAUGACGUCAAAAAAAAUCAGCUUUUCCAAAGCCAUGAAAACGUCAUUCACAGAAACGAUUAUUGA